CGGAGUGCGGGCGCACACUGACACGAGCACUGAGAGUGAGAGAGCAGCUCGCGCCUCACCCAACAAGGUUUCCUUUUCCUUCCUUCCUCGGUAAGCUGGCCGAGAUAUCGAUCGGAUCAGGGGGAACCGCCCCGCCGAGCUCCGGAUGGCGACGGCGCCGCUCGGCGUGAGGCUCCUCGUCGGCGCCGAGGCGCCGACGCCCCUCCAAGAUUCAGCCGAGGACGCCGCGGCCUUCCUCGCCCUGCCGGUCAGCCUGCUCGGGAAGGAGUGCCUGAUGGACAGCGCCGGCAACCUCUACGCCAGGGUCGAGGCCCUGCCCCGCGCGGGCGCGGCCGAGGACGCCCUCCUCCGAGCGCCGGCGGGCGCGGUCGUCGUCGGCUCCGCCCAGCGCCUGCUCGCCCUCGCCGGCGCAAUGAGAGUGGCGGAGCGGCUGGCCGGCCGGACGGCCCCCACGGACCGCGCCGAGCCGAGCACCGCGGCCGACAUGGACAUCGACUCCGGCGGCGACGCCGUCUCCUCGAGCCAUUCGGGAAGGGAUCCGGGCGCCAAAAGGAGGCGCGGCGGCGGCGGCGACGACGCGCACGGCGUGCUCCAGAGGCCAGCGAAGCGCCGGAUCCUCGCGUGGAGGGUGCGCCGGUACCGGUCCCUGGUGGCCAAGGCCAAGGCGACGGCGAGGAGGGCCAGGAUCCGGGCGGUGAAGCGGAGGGCGCCCGCUUGGAAGUGCGUCCAACGGCAGCUCGCGCGCGCCACCUUGAGCUGCGACGGCCUGCACAGAUGGAGCCCCGGCGGCGGCGGCGGAGGAGGAGGAGGAGGAGGAGCUGCGUAGCAAUAGUAAGAUGCGCUGGUAACUAAAUCAGCUCAAUCCUCAUGCUAAUUAGGGAAUGCGGUUAGCACUCUAGCAUUUUGUUUUCCUACUCGAUUAGACAGUUCUCCUUGAUCCGAAUGACAAGGGUGCUCAGCUCAAUUAGGUUGAUCUUUUGUGGUGUUAUCCAAUUACGAUUAGAAAUUCCAUCUUUAUGCUCUGGAAAACUUACCAGUGGGGAAUUAAGCAAGAAUUUAGACAUUUA